AUGGACCAACUCACCAAUAUGUACAGGAAUGUUGAGGUCCAAUUAGGGCAAAUAGCAAAUGCGGUAAACAAUCGCAACCAAGGGAAUUUAUCUAGUAAGACUGAGGUGAACCCAAGGGAGCAUGUGAAGGCUAUAACCCCCCGUAGUGGUAAGGAAGUAGGUGAGCCACCUGUAGUUGAACAUGAGAAAGAAGGUGAAAGAAGAGAGAACAAGCAGUUGAGUGAGUUAGGAGAGGACGGCAAGAAAAUCAAAGGGAAAGAAAAUAUGGAGGAAAAUGAGCCAAAAAUGGGAGAAACAACACCAAUUCCUCCACCGGUGCCAUUCCCUCAAAGAUUAAAGCCUUCGAGAAAUGAUAAAGAAUUUGAAAAGUUUGUCAACAUUUUCAAACAAUUACAUAUUAACAUUCCUUUUAUUGAUGCUAUUUUGCAAAUUCCUUCAUACGCAAAAUUUCUCAAGGAGAUAAUGACUAAGGAAAGGAAGUUAGUAGAUAGCGAGACAAUUGCAUUAACAGAAGAAUGUAGUGCCAUCAUACAAGAUAAAUUGCCACCAAAGUUGAAAGAUCCAGGGAGUUUCACAGUUCCUUGCACUAUUGGUAAUGUAGAAUUCUCUAAAGUACUUUGUGACCUUAGUGCGAGUGUGUCAUUGAUCCCUUUAACUGUGGCUAGGCAAUUGGGGUUGAAAGAGUUAAAACGUACUAACAUCUCCUUCCAAUUGGCUGACAGGUCUAUUAGACAUCCAAUGGGCAUAUUGGAGAAUGUGCUCAUUAAAGUGCAGAAAUUUAUUAUUCCUGUUGAUUUUGUUGUUUUAGACAUGGAGGAAGAUGUAAAUGUACUUAUUAUACUUGGUAGACCAUUUCUGGCCACUGCAGGUACAAUAAUAGAUGUCAAACGUGAUAAGUUCAAGUUCCAAAUCGGUGAAGAGGAAGUGGAAUUUGAUUUGAGUAAAGUGGAGAAAUAUCCAUCUUUUACUGACCAUGUUUAUUCGAUUGACAUAUGUGAUGAAUUGGCAUUAGAGAUCAGUCAAGUUAAUCUUGAUGAUGAUUCUCUUGAAUUUUGUUUUAAUGGUAUAGGUAUACAAAAGGAGCAAGUUGAAGAAAUGAUUGAAUUUUUGCAGGCACAGGUUCCUUACAAAAGGAGAAAUGCAUAUGAGGAGUUAGGAUUGAGCAAAGGGCUGCCUCCACCAUCAUGUGAGCAAGCACCACGGCUUGAGCUUAAACCACUGCCUAAAUACCUCAAAUAUGCGUUUCUUGGAGAAAAAGAGACAUUGCCGGUAAUUGUAAAUUCUGCACUAGAUGAGGAACAACUAGACAAGUUCUUACGUGUUCUAAGGAAGCAUUUAAAGGCUAUAGGAUGGACAAUUUCUGAUAUCAAAGGAAUUAGUCCAACUAUUUGUAUGCAUAGGAUUUUGUUGGAAGAAAACUCUAAACCGGUGGUUGAAACUCAAUGA